CGCGGGCGCCCCGCUUGGCCUCUCCCCCGGGGCGGUCGCGCGUGAGCGGCAGCCGUGAGCGCCGGCAGCAGGUGCAGGACGGGCUGACCUUGCUGGACGGCUGCACGAGGCGCCAUGGCGGCCAGGCUGCUGUUGCUGCGGCGCGUCCUCCGGCGCGUCGCGCCCCGCGCCCCCGGGUGGGCCACCGGGGCGCCCGCCCCCGUCCGGGCCGCGAGCGCCGGCGGUAUUCCUACCGAUGAAGAGCAAGCUACUGGACUUGAAAGGAAAAUUCUGGAGGCCAUGAAGAGAGGGGAGGAUCCAUACAGUAUUUUCAAACCCAAGAGCUAUGCAGGAACAAAAGAAGAUCCUCAAAUUGUUCCAUCAGUUGGAGACAAGAGAAUAGUAGGCUGUAUCUGUGAAGAAGAUAACUCUGCUAUUAUUUGGUUCUGGGUACACAAAGGCGAGAGCCAGCGUUGCCCUCAGUGUGGGGCUUAUUACAAGCUGGUACAUCAUGAAGUUCCUCCUUGAGAGACCUGAUAAGAGGAGAAAUACCCUUUGAAUAUUCUUUUAAGAUGCAGACUUAAUAAAAAUGUUUGCCUCUGCCUGCA